CAUAUCAAGCGUGCGAAUACGGUCGUCGUCAACACGAUGUUUGUUCUAUUGGGCGCCCCUGAUAACCAACUCACCGACACCACUGCCUCAGCCAAUCCUCCACCAGCAAGAUGGCAGAAAGAUGCGGUGGGAAGAGCGAGUGUAUUGUCCCUGCAUCCAAUUUCGUUUUUGGAGACCCCUGUGUCGGGACUUAUAAGUACCUGGACACCAAAUACUCCUGUGUCCAACAGCAAGAAACAAUAAGCAGCAUCAUAUGUGAAGGCUCUGAUUCUCAACUACUAUGUGAUCGAGGUGAGAUCCGUAUUCAGCGUGCCAACUAUGGUCGUCGUCAACACGAUGUGUGUUCCAUUGGGCGCCCACAUCAACAACUCAAAAACACCAACUGCCUCAGCCAAUCCACCACCAGCAAAAUGGCAGAAAGGUGUGAUGGAAAGCGCCAGUGUAUCGUCAAGGUAUCCAACUCUGUGUUCGGUGACCCCUGUGUCGGAACCUAUAAGUACUUGGAUGUGGCUUACACCUGUGACUGAAUGCUACCCUGCUGACGAUUUUGUCUUGCAGGAUAUCUUCCUGGGGAACCUGAAGAUGUACAAGGCUUCUGGGAUAUCUUCAUCAGGUCGUGCUGUUUUCCUCCAACCUCUAAAUCAACUUCAAUGACCAUUGUAAACCCGUGUACAUUGUGCUGAAGCAUUUCUUAAACAAUUUCUGAACUGUGGCUGAAUUAAACGAAGCGGCAGGAAGACGAUACUAGUUGCCUCUUGUACAUUAAUAAAUGUCACACCAAUAUUACUGAA